AUGCUGCUUGUUCUUCAAUGGAGAUUCUAUAAAUUGUUGCAGAUUCUAGAUUGAGAUCUCGGUUCAAGAAAAGCGGGCACAAUCUCAUCAUAAAUCGGUCCAUAACCCGUAGUAGUUGGGUCAUCUUAGAUUUCUAAGGAGAUGCAACACCAUCCUAGAUAAUAAUCUGAUGUACAGUCAGUGUAGCAACAGGGAAUGGAACCUGAAGUAAGUAGAUUCAGAGCCAUGGGCCACUAAACUAGGGGACAUGUUCGUAUCAGAUUAUAGGCCUUGCAGUGAUUUGAUGAUCACUCCGACUUUGGAUUUCUAUCCCUUUAUCUGUUGCAUUGCCCUAUUAUGUUAAGAGGUAUAUAUAUGAGAUGGGAUCACAAUGCCGGUGGAAUGCUCUUCAGGAAGACUCGUGGGAUGGGAGCUGCCCGCAAGCUUAAGAACCACCGGAGGACUCAGAGGUGGGCCGACAAAGCGUACAAGAAGAGUCAUCUUGGGAACGAAUGGAAGAAGCCCUUCCAAGGUUCUUCCCACGCCAAGGGCAUCGUCCUGGAGAAAAUGUUAGCCCAUCCUCUUCCUUCUCCCCCCCACUUAUCUUCCUUCCUGAGGGCACCAUCUUUCUGCUCACUCCAUCGGCAAUGGAACCCUGAUCACAGAGGCAUCGAGGCCAAGCAACCCAACUCUGCCAUCCGCAAAUGUGCCCGAGUCCAGUUGAUCAAGAACGGCAAGAAGAUCGCCGCCUUUGUGCCCAACGACGGCUGUUUAAACUACAUUGAGGAGAACGUAGGAUUGGAAAUUUCUCACUAAUCUUUUCUCUCAAGAUUGGAUUGGAAUUUAUUUUCUCUUCGCUGGGAGGACUAAAAAUCUCCUGGUUUUGUGCAGGAUGAAGUGCUGAUCGCGGGGUUCGGGCGGAAGGGGCACGCCGUCGGAGAUAUCCCCGGAGUCAGGUUCAAGGUCGUCAAGGUCUCGGGCGUCUCUCUGCUGGCUCUCUUCAAGGAGAAGAAGGAGAAGCCAAGGUCCUGA